AUGAACUUGCGAUCCGAGGGACAAGAGGCUGCAGCGCAAGUAAUCGAGGGAUUUUUAGAUAGUUUAAGGAAUAAGCCUGUUGGGCGCGGGAACAUAAUUCCAUAUACACUUAAAGAGGCUCUUGCACUCAUAAUUGAUCACGGUCUGUCAAAAGACGCCUAUUUAAAACUUCGAAAAGGUGCCAAAGAAAGAAAUGCAAAUAUUUACCCUUCAUAUGAUAAAGUAAAAGAGGCUAAAAAAGAGUGUUAUCCACAAGAAAGGACUUUUAAUGAAGCAUCGGCAGACGUUAAAUUACAAAGCUUACUUGACCACACAACAAACCGCAUCGUUAAGUUGCAAAGCCCUGUACUUCAUACAAUUCAGAAUAUGAGUGACUUAGAACUGAUAAGCAAGUGGGGCUUUGAUGGAAGCUCCAACCAUCCAAGUUAUAAGCAGUGA